AUGUCGGGACUAAAAGAAUCUCUCUAUGCUCUUGAAUGGAACAACAGCGUAGCAGUUGCAAUCAUUACCCUGAUAUCCUAUGAAUACAUGCUUCAGUUCGAGAAAGAGGUCACGUUUGUUUGGCAAAGACAGUGGUCAGUGAUGACAUGUUUAUACCUUGUUGUUCGAUAUUUUGGUAUUGUCCUUGCAAUAUCAUACUUUAUGUUCUACUGGGGUUGUUCCUACCUAUCGUCGCGCUCUAUAUAGCAGUGGAUAUAUUUUUAUGGAGUCGACCCUCAGCGUUCUCAG